CGAUCGUUGGCUUGUUUGGUUGAUGCAGUUUUCUGUAUGAGCGUUCAGAGUGGACUUUUCUCCUCCUUCUUCGACUCUUGGAUGUUUGUCAAAUGUCCGGGUUUCAGGCUCUUUCAGUUUUUCCUGAUGAGGUCCAUCAACUGUCAGUGAAUAAAAAAGCGGCAUGCCCUGAGCAGCAGGAGAGGAGCGAGCAUCUGAAAAUUAAAGAUGAACCUGAGGAACUGUGGAGCAAUCAAGAGGGAGAUCCGCUUCAAGAGCAAGAGGAGGAUGAUAUCAAGUUCACUUUUGUUCCUGUCCUUGUGAAGAAAGAAGAUGAUGAAGAGGAACCUCAGUCUUCACAGCAUUAUCAAAAACAAAUCAAAGAGUCAGCCAGGAACUCAGAUCCAGAGAGAGAUUUACAACAACAUUCUGAGGACAAGACUGAAGACUCUUCUGAUCCAGAGACUGAUGACAGUGCUGAUUGGAGGGAGAUGACAGAAGACCAGUCAGGUUUAAAGUCAGUCGGGGAAAGCACACAAACAAGAACAAAGAUCCCAAAGAAAUUGUAUAUCUGCUCACAGUAUGGAAAAAGAUUUAAGGGUGCAACAGGUUUGACUAGACAUGUGAUUGUUCAUACAAAAAAAAAAACCUUCUGCUGCUCUGACUGUGGUCAGAAAUUUACAAGAAAAGGAUCUUUGACCUCACACAUGAAAAUUCACACGGGCGAAAAACCUUUUGUCUGCUCUGUGUGUGGUAAGAGAUUUACUAGAAAAAUAAAUUUGACCUCUCAUAUGAGAGUUCACACAGAAAAAGCUUUUGUCUGUUCUCUGUGUGGUCAGAUAUUUACCAAAAAAGGAAGUUUAACUGUUCACAUGAGAAGUCACACACGAGAUAAACCAUUUGUCUGCUCUGUGUGUGGUCAAGGAUUUAUCCAAAAAGGACAUUUAGCUGUUCACAUGAGAGUUCACACAGGAGAGAAACCAUUUGUUUGCUCUUUGUGUGAUCAGAGAUUUUCCCAAAAAGGAACUUUAACUGUUCACAUGAGAAUUCACCGAAGAGAUAAACCAUUUUUCUGCUCCGAGUGUGGUCAGAGAUUUACCCAAAAAGGAAGUUUAACUGUUCACAUGAGAAUUCACACAAGUGAGAAACCAUUUAUCUGCUCUGAUUGUGGUCAGGGAUUUACCAUUAACGGAAAUUUAAAGAGUCACAUGAGAAUCCACACAGGAGAGAAACCAUUUGUCUGCACUGAGUGUGGCAAAACAUUUGCACAUCAAGCAGCUUUGACCAGACAUAUGCAAAUUCAUACUAGAGAAAAACCCUUCAUCCGCUCUCAGUGUGGUGAGAGAAUUACCAAAAAAUGAAAUUUGACGUAAAAAACCGUGAAGCAGCAUCAGCAGAAUUAUCUUGUUUAUGUAGAACCAGGUUUCAGUUCCUAUUGACUCCCUUUGGUUUCUAUGAAAGGGGAAAACUUCCCGGUUUUUAUGGGGACAGGGGUGCCUCUAUGCAGAGAAGCCCCUGACUGCAGCCUGCAGAUUGGGCGGCGCUCAACAUUUGGUGUUUGACUCCACCCAUCUCAACGUUCCAUAAACCAAUCGCGUUCAGUGCCGUUACAUACAACUUCACUUCAUUUUGCAACCUCAUUUUUAACCUGUCUCCCGCUCAACUCCUGACUUGUAAUUUCUGACACUUAUCCCCCUAUUUUUAAGUAUGGUCCUGUCAUGUCUAAUAUUUUUCAAGUCAAAGCAAGUCUUCUGCUUGUGCUUUAUAUCUAAACCUCAAAAACAUCCACCCCUCUCCCCGUAGUUGAUUUGAUUCAAAGACGCUGCAUGAGAUCCUCUCUACAGGUUACACAGACACAGGUAGCUGUGUGUCACUUGUUGCUGAAGAGCUUAUUAGAGCAUCAGCUCUUUUUAAAAACAUGUUAACAUGAUACAUGAUGAGUUAUACUGGUUGGUUAAAGAGUUUAUUACCUCCGCCAAGGAGGUUAUG